GCGAGUGAACAGGCGGCGGAUGUGAUCAAAAUAUCUGAUAUAGUCCCCCUUUGGGACUGGAAUUAUUUGUCUGGGGGAAGAAGACGAACAGAGGCCCAUGGAGCGGACAGUUUUCUAAAAAGUAGUCAGCUGCGUUGUUGGCGUGAUGGGCAGCCUGGGCGAAGGCGUAGAUGCCGGUAUGGUGAGCGAGGCUCUGCUGGAGGCUCUGUGUACAGAGUGUGGGCAGAUCCACCGUGCCUGGGAGAAUCACCUCUACAACUACAGGCUGGAGGUGGAUGACGACCUGGUGUGUCAUAUCUGCCUGCAGCCUCUGGUGCAGCCGCUGGACACGCCGUGCGGCCACACGUUCUGCGCCCGCUGCCUGCGCAGCUUCCUGCAGGAACGUGACUUCUGCCCGUUGGACAGAGCCAGGCUGCAGCUGCAGGGCUGUCGGCGAUCCAGCAUCCUGGUGCACAAGCUGCUGGAUAAACUGUCAGUCACUUGCCCGCUUACACCCAUCUGCUCGCUCAGCAUGCCACGAUGUGACCUGGAGGCGCAUCUCAAACACAGGUGUCCUGGCACACAACACAAGAGGGCGGUCAUUGAGAGCUCGCCGGUGGAAAGCGGCGAGGAAAAGACCAUGAUAACCGAGACCACCAAAUCUCCACAGACUGAGCUUCGGGAGAGCACAUCCCCGCUCCCCGCGCCCUCUAACGCCUGCAGCAGCGUGCCCAUGUGGACAGAAGAGCGAGGGGUGGAUAACCCAGCGUUCGAGGAGAGCACCGAAGAGGACCGCGUCCACGGUUUGGAGCGUAUCACUCCGCGGGUGAAGCGUCCCCUCAGCAACCCCUGCAUCCAUCUCCUCCGAACCGGAAGCUCUGCCUCAUCAGGGUGGGACUUUGUCGAGACUCUGCCCCUAUCAGCAGAGGAGGGUUGUGUGAAGCUGCCAUCGUUGCCUGAAGGUGAAAUCACCACUAUUGAUAUUCAUCGGUCGAACCCGUAUGUGGAACUGGGUAUAAGCAUAGUCGGGGGUAACGAGACUCCUUUGAUAAACAUCGUAAUCCAGGAGGUUUACCGGGAUGGCGUUAUUGCUCGGGACGGGAGGCUUCUGGCUGGGGACCAAAUACUACAGGUGAACAACGUGGACAUCAGCAACACGCCCCAUAACUUCACUCGUUCCACGCUGGCUCGCCCGUGUGCCACCCUGCAGCUGACCGUGCUCAGAGAGCGCCGGUGCAGCGCCCGGCCACCCCCUGUGUCCGCCGUGCCCUCCACCGGUGGAACCGAGGGCAGUCCGGCCAGCAUGCGCAUCACCCUGCACAAGCGUGACUCUACGGAGCAGCUGGGCAUCAAACUGGUGAGGCGGACCGACGAACCGGGCGUUUUCGUGCUGGACCUGCUGGACGGGGGUUUGGCCGCUAAAGACGGAAGGCUGCACAGCAACGACAGGGUUCUGGCGGUAAACGAACAUGACCUGAGACACGGAACACCCGAGCAAGCUGCACAGAUCAUACAGGCCAGCGGAGAGAGAGUCAAUCUGUUGAUCAGCCGACCUGGCAAGCAGACCAUGGCCGUCCACACCGGCUCGAGCUCUGCCCGCGACAGCUGGUGCCACGAACACUUCCUGCCUCCACCACGUACGGUCAUCCCCAGCAGCGCACCCAACCUGCAGCUCUCCAGAUCUUCCACCGUCAGGGACCUUUCUCAAUGUGUCACCUGUAAGGAAAAACACAUCACUGUGAAGAAGGAGCUGCACGAGUCGUUGGGCAUGACCGUGGCCGGGGGUCGGGGCAGCAAGAGCGGGGAGCUGCCCAUUUUUGUCACUAGCGUUCAACCGCAUGGCUGCCUGUCGAGGGACGGACGAAUCAAACGAGGAGACGUCCUGCUGAGCAUUAACAGUCAGGACUUGACGUCCCUAAGCCACAGCGAAGCGGUGGGCACGCUAAAGUCCAGCGCCGCGUCCUGCUCCGUGCAGCUCCGGACGCUGGAGGUGAGCACCGUGGUCGAGCCGGGCCAAGACGAGGGACUCCUGCCUCACCACGAGAGCGACUACGACGCGGGCUGGUCGCCCUCGUGGAUCAUGUGGCUCGGCCUGCCCAGCUACCUGCACAGCAGCCAUGAGAUUGUCCUGCGGCGGAGUCACCCUGGUAGCUGGGGUUUCAGCAUUGUCGGAGGUUACGAGGACAACCACAGCAACCAGGCCUUCUUCAUCAAGACCAUCGUGUUAGGAACGCCUGCCUACUACGACGGGCGUCUGAAGUGUGGCGACAUGAUCGUGGCGGUGAACGGUUUGCCCACGGCGGGCAUGAGCCACUCGGCCCUGGUGCCGAUGCUUAAGGAGAAAUGUAGCCGCGUGGCACUCACCGUCGUCUCCUGGCCCGGCAGCCUGGCGUAGCCGCUCGGCUCUCGGCCACCCCCCGCGUCUGAGCGUUUUAUCAUUACGCCACCCCCCUCCGCUCUGCCACGGACGCUGUAGUGUCGGUAUGAGUUUCAGAACUUGAAAUGCUUCACUUAAUGCUGAAUUGUAAACCAGGCCUUAGAAAAACCUGCCACACCCAGGAGGGAGGCCCCACCCCUCUGGAGGGCAGCCUUAAGGCCUCCUCAUGACUCUGCCCUGCCAGUGGUUUUAUAUGUAGGUGUCGUCUGUGUUCUAUGAGUGAGUGAAUGAGUGUAAGAGAGAGUGUAUGUGUACAGUGUUUAAUAAAUAAUUUUCCCUAA